AUGUUCUACAGCCACGAAAUCCUGACGAGUCGUCAGUAUGGCGUUGCAACCAUCUGGCUUGUGGCAACGCUCGGCUCCAAGUCCAACCUGAAAAAGAUAUCGCGUCGCGCGAUCCUUGACGUGGACCUUCAGAAAGCAUGCAAGACCAUCACGGAGCCCGACGUGCCACUGGCCCUGAGAUUGCAGGGCAGUCUGCUGUUUGGAGUCUCGCGCGUGUUCCAGCAACAAUGCGGCUAUGUAUUGACCGACGCCACGAGUUUGAGAGACAAGAUGAGGGACGCGGAGCAUGUCUUCAAAGAGAUGGAGUUGGAUCCUGAUGUGGGAAAGACACGACCAGAACAACUUAACCUCCCAGAAGACCCCUACUUCAUUCCGGAUCUUGAAAUCCACUUCGACCUCUCUGCCUUUGGGUUCGCCUCAGAAGGCUCCAAUUCCUCCAGCAGCACCUCAUCGUUUCUCACUGUGCCUUCAAGCCAGACAAGUCACCCUCCCAGCGAUGAAGAAGCAGAUGAAUUCGAUCAUGAUAUGCCGCCUUUCGAUACGCCUGCUGGAACCGCUGGUGGCUUCGAUGUACCCUUGGGUGGAGGAUCAAGCUCUGUGGCAAGAACUGGCAGCAGAGUCGACCCGUACGCCGUUGCUGAAGUGGAACCUGCCAUCAUGGAUGAUCCACUCUUUGAUGUCGAUGAGGAUGGCUUCCUCCACCCAGCCAUCUCGGAGAGUCUUUUGGGCCUUCAGCUACCAUCCGACGCAGAGCAUACACUGCAAAGCGAAGGCCCGGCCAGCGAUCGGGGCGGUAGCGUGCAGCUACCAAUCGCAGGAGAUGAUGACCCAAUGCAAGACCUCGAGGUGAACGGUCUUGGAGACGAAGAAACAAUCCUGCCACCUCUAGCUCCUCAAAUUCCUUUGACUCCAGAGCCUGCAGAUGAGGGAGUCUGCCAAGGCACACGAGCAACCUCUUCUGUCCAACCAUCCGAGGAAAGCUCAGAGACAGCAGAUGCACCCCAGCGUCGUGUACGCACCGUGAAGGCAAUCCGGCCGGAUCGGCAGACAGAGUUGAGUAAUCGAGAUCUUAACGAGUGGAACCAGAAUUAUCUUGCCAAUAUGGUCGCUGCUUCACGUACCAGACAAACCCACCUAGCACGCUUUCAAGCCCAGAAGAACGCCGAAUUCUGGAUCCUACAGCAAGGACUGGGGAAUGUCGCAUCUCGUUUUGGAGAUGAUAGAGUUGCACAUCCAUUCACCGUGUUCAGUGGUCAGUCACUUUGGGACAUGUUGACAGGAGGGCUUGAACAUGGAAAGAAGAGAUCACGAAGUAGUUCCCUGGUCGCCGACGAGCGAGAGGACGACAGACGAGUAAGAGCCAGAACAACAUCCGAAGGUGAAGUCGCUCGCGGAAUAGACGACGAGAGACUCCCAUAUGCUGAUGAGGACGGAUUGUUAUUUCAGGGCGACGACCUCGAUGUUGAAGCUGAGAUUGGUCGCCAAGGGCCUCCAUCCUUGCCUGACCAAUUGUCCGGCCUGCCAUGGAACAUCUCUGGAUCUCGCCAGAGCUCGGCGCAACCCAUGGGAAGCGGCAUUAUCUCGAGGCUGGGCUCAAGCAUUGGUGGUCUCCAUGGCGGUAUGGAGUUGGGACCACCAUCUGCUCUCAGCAGACGUCUUACCUCUGCCAGUCCACUUUUCGGGAGAGGUCUAGCCUCACUGUCCAGACACAGCAGCCAGGGACCUUUUGACACUUCCCGAGUCACGAGCAAUGAGGACGAUUUCGCAGAUCUAGAUGCGCGGCUAGGCGGAGACAUCGACCCAGAUUUUGAAUUGGGCGGACCUUUUGUGAACGUGGAUACGCAAACGGCUGCACAAUCCCAGUGGGUGGCAGCAACUCUGGACACUGAAGCGGACAAUUUCCUUUCCUUCGUCAAUACCAAGAUCCAAGAGAAAGCAGAAGAGCAAGGUGUGAUCGAGGAGGGGGAAAAUGCAGGACAGGCGAGGAAGAUCAUGUUGGACGAGCUCCUUCCACCAUCCCAGCACUCACAAAUUGUGGGCGCUCAAGCUCUACUGCACAUUCUUGCUUUGACCACGAAAGGCUUGUUAGAGGUCUACCAAGCCCGCGGGUUUGCUGAUAUUGAAAUCUCGGUCGUGACUUGUUGA